AAUCCAGUACUCACUAGUCUCUAGCUAACAAUGUCAUCUCUAGUAGUUAAACAACUCUUCAAAUCACUCUUCUCAUUCUUCUUAUUAGGUCUUCUCUUCUCCGAUACCGUCCUAUCGUUCCGAAAAACAAUUGAUCAGAAAAAACCCUGCAAACAUUUCUCGUUCUAUUUCCAUGACAUCCUCUACGAUGGCGACAAUGUAGCAAACGCAACCUCUGCCGCUAUCGUAAGCCCUCCGGGACUAGGAAACUUCAAGUUUGGUAAGUUUGUGAUCUUCGAUGGCCCCAUAACAAUGGACAGGAACUAUCUCUCGAAACCCCUGGCUCGCGCACAAGGCUUCUAUUUCUAUGACAUGAAGAUGGACUUCAAUGCGUGGUUUUGCUACACGUUGGUGUUUAACUCAACGGAACACAAAGGGACAUUGAACAUAAUGGGUGCUGAUUUGAUGAUGGAGCCAACAAGAGAUCUAUCGGUCGUUGGUGGGACAGGUGACUUCUUCAUGGCUCGUGGGAUCGCUACCUUCGUGACGGAUUUAUUUCAAGGGGCUAAGUAUUUCAGAGUUAAGAUGGAUAUUAAGCUCUAUGAUUGUUACUAGGUAAUAAUAUGUUUUUGUUUGAAAAUUGGAUGUUAACACAGAGAUAAUGUGUUACUAAUAAGUGUUUUUGUUGUUUUUCCUUUCUAUUUGGUGUUAUCUUUUUGUUUAUCUAUAAUUAUGUGAUUUAUUUCAAGGGGAUAGAUAUUUCCGAAUUAAGAUGGUGUUGUCUC